ACAUUGUAUGAUUCCCGCGUGUUGUCAAACGUUUAUAUUAUCAUGUGUGCCGGUGCGGUCACUUCUUUUGUUUGUUUAUGUUCAGUUAAUUAUUUGAAGAUUGUAAAAGCGUGUAAUCUAUCUAGGUUUAAGUUACCGUCUAUGUGUCAACCGAGUUAUUUUCGGGUGGGGUAAAAUUUUAGCUUGUGUAUAAACUUUAUUUGUUCAGAUAAAAGAUUACAUAUGUAUAGAGGAGUAUGACGGAUUAACACAUUGAAAAGUUUGCAUGAUAACAAUGUGAAGAAAUGGCACGGUCACAGUCUCCCGGAGAUUUGAGGGACUACUUUCAGGAGUUUGAAGAUAUCAAGAGCAGUAAGAGACAUGAUGAGGAAGAGGAGGAGAGUGCUAAAACUCCAGAUGAAGGAGAACAAGAGGCAGCAUGGCUACAGGAAGCAGGAUAUGGUUUCAUCGUCUCAAAGUUUCAAGCUGGUACGGAGUUUACAGAUGAUGAAAUCAACAAGUUUACAGAAUCAAUGCCUAGCAACCAUGCGGCAGUUGUAAAAAGACGUGUUGACACUCUCAACGCUACACUGAGGAAGAAGCAAAAAUACUCCACAAAAAUAGAUGUACGGAAUAUUUUCCCGGAACAACCAGCAUCUGGGAAAAUAGUAAUUCAUAGUCAGCCGUUAGAGGAUGAAGAUACGGGUACCCGUCAGCUGGCUAAGAGGCCCGCAACCCUUCCUAGGGGUAUGAAACUUGGCUCCUAUAAUGGGGACAGCAGUCUGUGGACCAGACAGAGGAACAAAAAUCAUCUUGGGUUGAAAUAUACACACCCAUCACAAAGUCAGUGGAAAAAUACCAGUCCAGAAUAUUUUCAUAGUCAAAGCCAGUGGAAAAAUACCAGUGUUGAAUAUGUUCAAGGUCAAAGUCAGUGGAAAAUUACAAAUCCUGAUGUUAGAAAAAGUCACAUUUCAGAUGUAAAAAGUAACAUACAGUAUGCAGACAGUGUACAGGUUGAAUCUUCUCAUUCUUCUAAAGGUGGUUUUCAGUAUUCUGUCACUGAGAAUGAAGGCUGUCAGGAAAUCCCAGUUAAUUAUAUUUAUUUCAAAAGAUCAGAUAGUAAAGAUUCUGUGAGUCCAUUGAAUAGUCCUCAAAGGUCAAGGAGUUCAUCUUGUGACACGCUAGACUCUCUUGACUCUGGACUGGAGUCUUCUGAGUCAAUACUGAACCCUGAACAUUCAAGCUCCCAUGAUUCUUUGGAUACUGUCGACUCUUUUUCCUGUUUUCCACGGAAAGUUCAGUUCAGGCAAAAACUAGUCAUGUCUCCUGCUGGAAGCCCAGGAAGUUCUUACUCACCCAUAAUAGAGACAGCAAGCCCAGUAGAGAGCCCGAUAGCGGAAGGAGAGGCAACAGCAACUCUCGUAUCUUACAGAAAACGACAGAAUUCUGUAACAGAGGCACCAAAGAGUCCAUUAUCUCCUAGGGGUGAGGUGGUGCACCCAGAAUGGAACAGAAAUAGGGCAAGCAAGGGGCCAUUUAUGAAAAACAAGGGAGGUUACUCUAUGUCAGGAAUGUCAGAGGAGGUUCAAGAUAAUGUACAGCAAGGUGUAGAAAUGCUUAGUGUACAACAGAAAGGUACUGUACAAAAAAGAUGGAGCCAGUUAUCGCCUAUCUCUGAUGCUGAUAUUGUUUUUGACUUCAAUAUAGAGGAGAAUGGGGGCGAGUCAAUGCACAGUAGCAAGACGGUGAUGGGGCAGGUGAAUGCGUUUGACCUGCCAAAUUUUUCUCUAGUACCAGACAAGUUAGGUUUGACGUGUGUAGAUGACAUCAAUGAGACUGAUGCUGCAUACGUAAAAAAUUUAGCUCUACUGGAAUUAACGUCCAUGUUUGAUACACACAAUAUAAACUACAGUCGUAGACGCACAAAGAAAAGGCAUAAAGAACAUGGUAUAUUUGGUGUCCCAUUAGUAACCUUGUUAGAACAAGACCAAAAAUUAAAACCAAAUGCCAGAAUACCACUUGUGUUUCAAGAAAUAGUGUCAUAUUUAGUCAAGUUUUGUUUGGAUACAGAGGGUAUACUGAGAGUUCCUGGCUCUACUAGUCGUAUAAAGCAACUGAGGCAGGAGUUUGAAGAGCGAUUUUAUCAGGGCACAUUUAUCUGGGCAGAUGAUCUCACACCUAAUGAUGUGGCAGCGUUGUUAAAACAGUUUCUGAGGGAUCUUCCUGUUCCACUUCUUACUGACGAUUAUAUUGAAGCAUUUGCUCAAGUUGAAAACUUGCCGGACAAGAAACAACAACUACAUGCUUUGAAUCUCCUUAUACUUCUUCUACCUACUGUACAUAGAGAUACACUUAGUGUUUUACUAGAAUUGUUGGAGAAGGUGAUAGAACUGAAAGAUAUCAAUAAGAUGAGCCUUAACAAUGUCGCUAUGAUAAUGGCCCCUAAUUUAUUCAUGGCCCCUAAAGUACGUGGCUCUAAUGCGGCCAAGAAUAAGGUGGUAUGGGAUGUUGAAAUCAAAAUGGCAGCAAAUACCUCUAAUAUCAUGAAAAUGUUGAUACGCUACAGGAAUAUAUUGUGGACAGUACCAACAUACCUUAUGUCCUUAGUGAGAAGACAGUAUGAGCUGGAGACAAUUCGUAAAAACAAAGAUAAAAGUAAAAUGAAAGGAUUGUUGUCAAAAAAAGACAAAACUGAAGUUUACAAGAAACCUGCAUUAAAACAUGAGGCAGACUUUCAUGAUGGUGUAAUCAGGAUACAGGCACCAAACCUGACCAAGAGUAGCACAGCUAUACAGCUUGACAAUAAUAUGACAGCAGGAGAUAUUGUGUCAAAGUUCAAGGUCAUACAGGGGUCAGAGGCAUCCAAUGACAUGAACAGAAACACAGGUGUACAGAACUCUCACCAUGGCCCUAUCUAUAACGAUCCAAGAAAUUACCAAUCGGCUGGUGAUGACACAUUCUUGUUUGAAGUGGGCGGCAACGUUGGUGAACGGUGUUUACCACAUGAUACAAACAUGUUGGCAUUGUAUAAAGUUAACCCUAAUGCAGAAUGGAUAAUUAAACAGCGGCAACGUUUUAAAGUUACAUAGUAAUCUUAGCAUUGUGCUUUUUUGUAUUUUAAUAUCUGAGAAUAGUGAAUGUUUAAGUUAUUGAAAUACAAGAGCUGUAAACAAAGUUGUGAUAUAAGAAACUUAAACAAGCACCCAUAUUUUAUUGUGCAGUUAUUAUGAGUGCUAAAGAUGCAUGUGUUAAAUAUGCUAAAGGUACAUGUGAUAAAUGUGCUAAAGAUACAUGUGAUAAAUAUGCUAAAGAUGCACGUGGUAAGUACGCUAAAGAUGCACGUGAAUAUGCUGCUUUUAUUCUGUCUGUGAUUUGACAAUCUAAGGAAAUCCUUCAACCAUGCUGUAGUAUAGCAGGUCAUAGAUGACAAUCAUCAGGGAGGAUCAUCCCUUCAACAAAAGUAGGAAUUUAUUAAACAUACUGUGGAAGGAUUCCAUUUGUGAGAUGUCCAAGGAAGCCACGGGAGUGAAUUGUUUUAUGAAAUGUUUUGAUGAUAUACAGUAAACCUCACUUAUAGGGAACUCGGAUAUAAGGAACAGUUUUCAAUUCACCAACCUAAUUCCUCCUUUAUUCUAUGUAAAAAUCCUCGGCUAUAGUGAACUCGGUUAUAAGGAACACUCAGUUAUAAGGAACACUUUAACCAGUCCCAUAGUACGAAAUUCAAUAGAAAAUACCUCGGUAUAGUAGUGAACAGACAUAAAGAAUAAAAAUAAUUGCGAAACAGAAAUAAACUGCAUUAUUUCAUUUCUAUGAUAUUCAUGGAUACGAUAAAAAGAAAAUAUAUAAUAGCAUCAUUAACAUUUACCAAAUUCUAGAAGAUAGUAGACUUAUAUAUACUCAAAACUAUGUACUAGAGCUACAUGUAUAAGGGUAUUUCAUGUUAACAGUAUUGAACGAAAAUAAAUUAUGGUCACGGUCAUGGUCAUACUUACCUAAACAAAUGUGCUAAUUACGCGUGAUUAACAAUGACAAACAGUGCUGUUUACCAAAUUUCCAGUUGUAAAAAAUAAAGCAUAAAAAUGGACAGUAGGAAACUAUAGGUAUAAUUUACACUUUAAUCCGUAUGUAUGCCGCUGUUGUUUAGUCGCAAGUCACUGUAUGUCAAAACCCCCUACUUUUGAAUCUGUAUGGGUAGUCUAAUUUAACAUUUUUUUAAAUAAAAAUUUAGCUCAUAGUGUUCGUUAUACAAAUUGUGUUCGUUAUACAAACCUUGGUUACAAUGAACUAGUUCGCUAUACGGAUAAUAGUAACCUCGGUUAUAAGGAAUAAUUUUUAGAGGUCUCAAGCUGUUCCUUAUAAACGAGGUUUACUGUACUGUAAUAUUGCAGUCAAAUUAAUACAACGUCUGGUCAAAGAGUUUUUAACUCCUGGGCCUUAAGAAUAAAAAGAGAGAUUGAAAACCAGUCUUGGAACAGAACCUUCCCUUUGGUCAGUUUCAAAAGUGUAUUCAGAAACAGCCAAUCACAUGCAAGAAUUUAUAGACUGAUUUCUAAAUUGAAGUUUUAUAAAUAUGGACCCUGGAGUAGAAAAAAAGAUAGACUAGUUUGUUCAAGCCCUUUAGAAAAAAAACUUGUUUUUAACUAUGAGGGAUGUAAAAUGCAUUGCAGGUUUUUGAGAGAUCAGAUAAUUGAGAAUUCGAUUUUUAUUCUCAAGAAUUUUCUCUUAAUUGUAAGACCCACCUUUUUAGCUCACCUGUCACGAAGCGACAAGGUGAGCUUUUGUGAUCGCGCAGCGUCCAUUGUCCGUCCGUGCGUGCGUAAACUUUUCCUUGUGACAUCUCUAGAGGUCACAGUUUUCAUGGGAUCUUUAUGAAAAUGGGUCAGAAUGUUCAUCUUGGUAAAUUCUAGGUCAAGUUCGAAACUGGGUCACGUGCGGCCAAAAAGUAGGUCAGUAGGUCUAAAAAUAGAAAAACAUUGUGACCACUCUAGAGGCCAUAAUUUUCAAUGGAUCUUCAUGAAAAUUGGUCAGAAUGUUCACCUUGAUGAUUUCUAGGUCAAGUUCGAAACUGGGUCACGUGCGGCCAAUAACUAGGUCAGUAGGUCUAAAAAUAGAAAAACCUUGUGACCUCUCUAGAGGCCAUAAUUUUCAUGGGAUCUUCAUGAAAAAUGGUCAGAACGUUCACCUUGAUGAUAUCUAGGUCGGGUUCGAAACUGGGUCACGUGCCAUCAAAAACUAGGUCAAUAGGUCAAAUAAUAGAAAAACCUUGUGACCUCUCUAGAGGCCAUAUUUUUAAUGGGAUUUGUAUGAAAGUUGGUCUGAAUGUUCAUCUUGAUGAUAUCUAGGUCAAGUUCGAAACUGGGUCACGUGCGGUCAAAAACUAGGUCAGCAGGUCUAAAAAUAGAAAAAUUUUGUGACCUCUCUAGAGGCCAUAUUUUUCAUGGGAUUUGUAUGAAAGUUGGUCUGAAUGUUCAUCUUGAUGAUAUCUAGGUCAAGUUCGAAACUGGGUCACGUGUGGUCAAAAACUAGGUCAGUAGGUCUAAAAAUAGAAAAACCUUGUGACCUCUCUAGAGGCCAUAUAUUUCAUGAGGUCUUCAUGAAAAUUGGUCAGAAUGUUCACCUUGAUGAUAUCUAGGUCAAGUUCGAAAGUGGGUCACAUGCCUUCAAAAACUAGGUCAGUAGGUCAAAUAAUAGAAAAACCUUGUGACCUCUCUAGAGGCCAUAUUUUUCAUGGGAUCUGUAUGAAAGUUAGUCUGAAUGUUCAUCUUGAUGAUAUCUAGGUCAAGUUCGAAAGUGGGUCACGUGCCUUCAAAAACUAGGUCAGUAGGUUAAAUAAUAGAAAAACCUUGUGACCUCUCUAGAGGCCAUAUUUUUCAUGGGAUCUGUAUGAAAGUUGGUCUAAAUAUUUAUCUUGAUGAUAUAUAGGUCAAGUUUGAAACUGGGUCAACUGUGAUCAAAAACUAGGUCAGUAGGUCUUGAAAUAGAAAAAUCUUGUGACCUCUCUAGAGGCCAUACCCUUGAAUGGAUCUUCAUGAAAAUUGGUCAGAAUGUUCACCUUGAUGAUAUCUAGGUCAAGUUCGAAACUGGGUCACGUGCCUUAAAAAACUAGGUCAGUAGGUCAAAUAAUAAAAAAACCUUGUGACCUCUCUAGAGGCCAUACUUUUCAUGGGAUCUGUAUGAAAGUUGGUCUGAAUGUUCAUCUUGAUGAUAUCUAGGUCAGGUUUGAAACUGGGUCAACUGUGGUCAAAAACUAGGUCAGUAGGUCUAAAAUUAUUAAAAUCUUUUGACCUCUCUAGAGGCCAUAUUUUUCAAUGGAUCUUCAUGAAAAUUGAUCUGAAUGAUCACCUUGAUGAUAUCUAGGUCAGUUUCGAAACUGGGUCACGUGCGGUCAAAAACUAGGCCAGUAGGUAUAAAAAUAGAAAAACCUUGUGACCUCUCUAGAGGCCAUAUUUUUCAUGAGAUCUUCAUGAAAAUUAGUGAGAAUGUUCACCUUGAUGAUAUCUAGUUAAAGUUUAAAACAGGGUCACGUACCUUCGAAAACUAGGUCAAUAGGUCAAAUAGUAGAAAAACCUUGUGACCUCUCUAGAGACCAUAUUUUUCAAUGGAUCUUCAUGAAAAUUGGUCAGAAUUUUUAUCUUGAUAAUAUCUAGGUCAAGUUCAAAACUGGGUCACAUGAGCUCAAAAACUAGGUCACUAUGUCAUAUAAUAGAAAAAAAAAUGUCAUACUCAAAACUGGGUCAUGUGGGAAGAUGUGAGCGAUUCAGGACCAUCAUGGUCCUCUUGCUUCUAAAUCUGCUUUUAAGUGUUACUUUGCAUGAAAUUUCUAACAGCGCAUAUAUGAUAUUACAUGUAUAUACCUAUAGCUAUCAUUUUGUUAGCUCACCUGUCACAUAGUGACAAGGUGAGCUUUUGUGAUCACCCUUCGUCCGUCGUCUGUGCGUCCGUGCGUCAACAAUUUCUUGUCUGCGCGAUAGAGGUUUCAUUUAUGAUUUUAUUUUAACAAGACUUGCACGCAACUUGUAUCACCAUAAGAUCUCGGUUCCUUUCUUGAAACAGCCAGAUCCCAUUAUGGGUUCCAGAGUUAUGGCCCCUGAAAGGGCCAAAUUUAGCAAUUUUGACCUUGUCUGCACAAUAGCAGCUUUAUUUAUGAUUUGAUUUUUACCAAACUUGCACACAACUUGUAUCACCAUAAGAUCUUGGUUCCUUUCUUGAACUGGCCAGAUUCCAUUAUGGGUUCCAGAGUUAUGGCCCCUGAAAGGGCCAAAAUUAAUUAUUUUGACCUUGUCUGCACAAUAGCAGCUUCAUUUAUGAUUUGAUUUUUACCAAACUUGCACACAACUUGUAUCACCACAAGGUCUUGGUUCCUUUCUUAAACCGGCAAGAUUCCUUUAUGGGUUCCAGAGUUAUGGCCCCUAAAAGGGCCAGAAUUAGCUAUUUUGACCUUGUCUGCACAAUAGCAGCUUCAUUUAUAAUUUGAAUUUAAUCAAACUUGCACAAAACUUGUGUCACCAUAAGAUCUCAGUUCCUUUCUUGAACAGGCUAGAUCCCAUAAUGGGUUCCAGAGUUAUGGCCCCUGAAAGGGCCAAAAUUAGCUAUUUUGACCUUGUCUGCACAAUAGCAGCUUCAUUUAUGAUUUGAUUUUAACCAAACUUGCACACAACUUGUAUCACCACAAGGUCUUGGUUCCUUUCUUGAACUGGCCAGAUCCCAUCAUGGGUUCCAAAGUUAUGGCCCCUUAAAGGUCCAAAAUUGGCUAUUUUGGCUUUUGCAGCCAUAUAGAGACUUCCUUUAUGGUUUUAUUUGAUACAAACUUUCAAAAUAUCUUCAACAACAAUAAAUCUUAGAUUCCAUGACAAAUCAGAUCCAAUCGUAGGUUCCAGAGUUAUUUUAUAUCUGAUUACCUCCCCUGAUUGUAAUCAAAAUGGAUUUAUAUCAGUAAGUACUUAUAGGACUUAUUUGAAAUUUCAUUAUUGUCAUUAGUUGGACUGAGACAAUCAGGGUAGAUAACUAUUGACUGAUUUUAUGUCAAAUUACCUCCCUUUAUUUCAAAUUAAAAUGGGUAUAUCUCCGUAACUAAUGAAGAUACUGAUCUGAAAUUUCAUUUAUGCCAACAGAUGGCAGAUCCUUCUUUUGUUCACUUACAAUAAAUUUUUUAAAAAUUUUUUCCCUUUUAGGUUACUAUAAAUAGCUUAUUUUUAGUAACGUUUUUAUUAUUGGCCGUAGGGAAAAACCUAGACCACUUUUCUGUGGUACAACAUGGAUGGUACCUCCAAUUUUUAGGUGCAUUUUGACAUAUCUGUACCUUGUAAGAAUUGUUUUUUCUUUCUGGUUAAAUUUUUCCCUUUGUUGCUCCUGUCCUUUGGACUUAAAUAUUUUUACUGAGGACCUUCUUGUCCUCAAGUGCAAUGAUUACAGGUGAGCGAUAUAGGGCCAUCAUCUUGUUUUCUUAUGUUAUAUAUGGUUGAAUAGGUUUUUCUUUUUAAAUUGGGAUGGUUGUAGGGGUUCUUAUUUAAGCAUAAAAUGUUCAGUAAUGUGAGAAAAUAAAACUUUUAAUAGUUGAAGUAAUUUCUUAUAUAAACAUGUUGAUGACAUACGCUUUGAAACAUUCCAAGGAAUGUAUUUGAAAUUUUAAAGUAACCUUGUAGGUCAUUGGCAAGCUUACAAUGGUAAAAUGUAAAAAUUCCAAGUAAGGUGUUAAUGUGGUUGUCCUGACAAAUGGGCCAGCAUCUGUGCUGGGUCAUAACUUGUUGUAAAUUUGUGUUGUUCCUAUACUGAAUUGUGCUCUAUAAUGGCCAUCUCACCACACUGGAUAUAAUAGUUUUACUGUAGACCAGUCUGAAAUUGCAGCCUUGCCAUUGGUCAAUUUCAAAUUUGUGCUCCAUAACAACCAAUCAGAUGCUGGAGUCUAGACUGUAGACCAGUCUUAGAAUGCAGCCUUGCCAUUGGUCAAUUUCAAUUUUGUGUUCCGUAACAACCAAUCAGAUGCUGGAGUCUAGACUGUAGACCAGUCUAAGAAUGCAGCCUUGCCAUUGGUCAAUUUCAAAUUUGUGCUCCGGAACAACCAAUCAGAUGCUGGAGUUUCCAGACUGGUCUACAAAUUAAGUUUUAUAACCUAAGUUAACCCAAGUUCAAAACUUUUAAUUCAGGUAAAAGUUCUUUGAUUUCAUUUUUUUUUUUUUUUUUUUUUUAAAGAAAGAAUUACCUGCCUUGUGGAUAAAUUGUUGUUUAAAAUACCAUGAAGCACUGUUGUGAUAAAUGAUAAGUAAAUUAACCAGUUUUAACUGGCCCUCAAAAAUCUUAGUUCAUGUGGGGAAGUUGGCAGUUACUUGCGGAGAACAGGUUUGUACUGAUACAGAAUCCAGGAACACUGGCUAGGUUAACUGCCCGCCGUGAUAUGACUGAAAUACUGUUGAAAAACGGCGUUAAACCCCAACACAAACAAACAAAAUCAAAAAUCUUAGUAGAUGUACAGUGAUUUAAAAUCAAGUCUUAUGUGUUCAAAUAAAUGUAAUGUCCUUUUUACCUCAUCCGUCACAUAGUGACAAGGUGAGCUUUUGUGAUCACCCUUCGUCCGUCGUCUGUGCAUGCGUCCAUCCGUCCGUCAGUAAUUUCUUGUCUGCAUGAUAGUGGUUUCAUUUAUGAUUUUAUUUAAACAAAACUUGCACACAACUUGUAUCACCAUAAGAUCUUGGUUCCUUUCUUGAACUGGCCAGAUCCCAUUAUGAUUAUGGGCUCCAGACUUAUGGCCCCUGAAAGGGCCAAAAUUAGCUAUUUUGACCUUGUCUGCACAAUAGCAGCUUUAUUUAUGAUUUGAUUUUUACCAAACUUGCACACAACUUGUAUCACCAUAAGAUCUUGGUUCCUUUCUUGAACUAGCCAGAUUCCUUUAUGGAUUCCAGAGUUAUGGUCACUGAAAGGGCCAAAAUUAGCUAUUUUGACCUUGUCUGCACAAUAGCAGCUUCUGUCUGUUGGUUAGCAACUUCCCUUUCGCUCUGUAACUCUUGAACCCCUUGAAGGAUUUCAAAGAAACCUGACACAAAUGUUCACCUCAUCGAAACGACGUGCAGAGCGCAUGUUUUGAAUGGCUCACGUCAAGGUCAAGGUCACACUUAGGGGUCAAAGUUCAUAUGACAUUGUUUUGUGUGUAUUUUGCUCUGAAUUUGCGUUUCAUUGCAGUGCUCUUGUUUUUAUUUGGCAGAUACUUCUUUUGUUCACUUACAAUAUUUUUUUAAAUUACUUUCCUUUCAUGUUACUAUAAAUAGCUUAUUUAGUAACUUUUUUUAUUAUUGGCCAUAGGGAAAAACUGAGACCACUUUUCUGUGGUACAACAUGGAUGGUACCUCCAAUUUUAGGUGUAUUUUGACAUAUCUGUACCUUGUAAGAUUUAUUUUUCUUUUUGGUUAAAUUUCUUCCCUUUAGUGUUCCUGUCCUAUUGUUUUUGAGGUUCUGUCAAUAACUGAAGAAUGCUUAGGCCUACAAGCCUCAGAUUUCAUAGAAUGAUCACAUAUGGUU